AAUCAACCAUGGCUUUAACUUGUGCUUCUUCGGCCUUUCUUCUUUUUAUCAUCUCUCCACUUUUAUUUUGUGGCUAUUUUCUUGUCACAGAAGCUCAAAGCUCUCAACCAAUAGUGGAGGGACUGUCAUGGACUUUCUACGAAUCUAGCUGCCCUAAACUGGAAUCCACCAUAAGAACACAGCUGAAGAAGGUUUUCAAAGAAGACAUUGGCCAAGCUGCUGGCUUGCUUCGCCUACACUUCCAUGACUGCUUUGUCCAGGGAUGUGAUGGUUCGGUGCUUCUUGAUGGAUCAGCCAGUGGGCCAAGUGAGAAGGAUGCACCUCCAAACCUGAGUCUGAGGGCUGAGGCGUUCAAGAUCAUCGACGACCUCCGUCGGCGAGUGCAAAAGCAGUGCGGUCAGGUUGUCUCCUGCGCUGAUAUCACGACUCUCGCGGCCCGUGAUGCUGUUUACCUGUCAGGUGGCCCCGACUACGAUGUUCCAUUGGGAAGACGAGAUGGACUCAGCUUCGCCACAAGAAACGCCACCCUUGCCAACCUUCCACCACCAACAAGCAACACCACUGCCCUCCUCACUUCCCUCGCCACCAAGAACUUCGACGCCACCGACGUCGUCGCCCUCUCAGGCGGCCACACCAUCGGAAUCAGCCACUGCAAUUCCUUCACCGGCCGACUCUACCCAACCCAAGACCCAACCAUGGACAAGACCUUUGCCAACAACCUCAAAACCGUUUGCCCCACCAGAAACUCCACCAACACCACCGUGAUGGACCUUCGAUCGCCGGACAAAUUCGAUAACAAGUACUACGUUGAUUUAAUGAACCGUCAGGGACUGUUCACGUCUGAUCAAGAUUUGUACACUGAUAAGAGGACUAGGGGUAUUGUCACGAGCUUUGCUGUUAAAGAGAGUUUGUUUUUUGAGAAGUUUGUGAAUUCGAUGAUAAAGAUGGGGCAGUUGAGUGUGUUGACGGGCACACAAGCACUUUAAGCACGGUUAACAAGGCAGUCCUUGAGCCUCUUGUUGAUACACAACAGUGUGGCGGCGGAGGCAGAGGAGGAGGACGAGCAGGGGAGCUGGUCGGAGUUUUAAGCUGGAGGGAUGCUGUUUUUUGUGUACUAGUUUAUGUAGUGGGA